AUAUUUAAUCUUUUUGAUGAUGAUGCCACUGGAAAGAUAACUUUCGAAAAUUUAAAACGUGUCGCUAAAGAAUUAGGUGAGGAUAUUACCGAUGAUCAAUUAAGAGAAAUGAUUGAAGAAGCUGACUUGAAUGGCGAUGGUGGUGUUGAUCAAGAUGAGUUUAUUCGUCUCCUUGCAAAGACAAACUUAUCUAAUUAA